AUGGAUAAUAUUCGCUUCAUAUCUGUUACAUUUACUGAAAAUCUAUCUAUCUAUCUAUCUAUCUAUCUAUCUAUCUAUCUAUCUAUCUAUCUCAAAGAAUUCAUAUCUAUUACGUUAUGUUCAUUAUCUAUCUAUCUAUCUAUCUAUCUAUCUAUCUAUCUAUCUAUGCGAAUCUGUUCAUAUCUAUCUAUAUUACUAGAGCGCACCCUAUCUAACGAAGGUUUCCCAUCUGACUCCACCAGCAUCAUCCAGUUUCCCUUCCGACUCAGCUACCGAUCGUCUUUCCCCGAUUUUUCUUUGAUCUUGCCGACUCUCAACCGAAAGUCAACAGCCUCGACUCAUUUCUGCUUUUACGUUCUUUCCCCUUCGUUUUCGCUUUCCCUGCGUUUCAUCUCUUUAGCUAUUAUUAUAUAUUUCUUUGCCUUUCUCCUUUUCGUUAUCUAUCUAACCAGUAGUCUUUACUUAUCUAACACUGCGUAUUUAUCUAUCUAUCUAUGCAUGUCAGUUGGGUUGUAUCUAUCUAUGUCAGUCUAUUUCUAUCUAUCUAUCGAUCUAUCUAUCUAUCUAUCUAUCUAUCUAUCUAUCUAUCUAUCUAUCUAUCUAUCUAGGUCAAUCGUUUUUUUCUAUAUCUGGCUGUUCGCAUCUAUCUAUCUAUCUAUCUAUCUAUCUAUCUAUCUAUCUAUCUAUGUCCGUCUGUCCGUAUCUAUCUAUCUAUCUAUCUAUCUAUCUAUCUAUCUAUGCAUGUCAGUUGAUUUCUAUCUAUCUAUCUAUCUAUCUAUCUAUCUAUCUAUCUAUCUAUCUAUCUAUCUAGGUCAAUCGUUUUUUUCUAUAUCUGGCUGUUCGCAUCUAUCUAUCUAUCUAUCUAUCUAUCUAUCUAUCUAUCUAUCUAUCUAUCUAUGUCCGUCUGUUCGUAUCUAUCUAUGUCCGUCUGUUCGUAUCUAUCUAUCUAUCUAUCUAUCUAUCUAUCUAUCUAUCUAUCUAUCUAGGUCAAUCGUUUUUUUCUAUAUCUAUCUAUCUAUCUAUCUAUCUAUCUAUCUAUCUAUCUAUCUAUCUUUGUCUCUUUGCAUCUAUGUAUAUAUCUAUGCCAAUCAAUUUUAA